AACUCUUCCAAAAUUCCCAUAGAUGUGAAUGGAACAGUGGCUUCCUCUGCUCUGCCUAAAUGGGGAUUUGUGACCCAACCUCACGAUCUGGGAUUCAGGCAGUGGAUCGUCAUGAAGUAUCUUGCUCCGCCUAUAUAAAUUCUUUGGUAACACUGCUCGAAUUUCACACUCCAGGAACUCCUCCACCUAGGCUGCUGCAGAAUUCAUGCAGUGGUCCAUCUUCAUCCAUAUAGACUGUCUUGGUCCGACGUCAGAGUGAUUCUAUUGUUCUGGCAAAAUUGAAAUGUCUUCGCGAAUUUCGUUACUUUUUGCGCCCGUAACGGAGAUGGUUAAAAUAAACUAAAGAAUAUUAGUUAAUUUAAUUGUAGCAGUUACUGGCCUAAGCCGAACUAUAACUAGAUGAAGUGAAAUAUAUAUUUUUGUAGGUACUUCACAAUGGAUUCCAUAGUUGAAUCUGCUGAAGUUGACUCACCCAAGAAUGGCAAGAUAGUCACUACUUCCUACUUAAUGAGUUGGUCUGUGAGGACAAACACUAAGAAGUUUUAGUCUAGAGACAUCGAACAUUUCUCACCUCUCUGAUUUUGUAAGGUGAAAUGUAUUUGACCAAAUUAUGUUGCUAUGAACUCUACGGUACAGAUAACAACAAAACCAAGGCAUUUCACGUUAUUGUGGAUUAAGACCAUUUGCAGUAACAUUGACUAGCUUGCUAGCCAGCGUUAGCCAAGUUUGCGACGGUAACGACAUCAAGGUGGCAGACAAUCAAGACUGCGUGGACCCGGUGGAAUAAUGUUUGUCACUCGGCACUAAACUGAAAUAAAUAAGUACGUCAAUGAACUUACUAAAGUUUUGCUAUAACUGUAAAUACGAUGAUGGAUAUGUCACGUUAACGUUACGUGUUGUAACCUGCUGGUGUAUUUAGCUAGCUUGCUAGCAGUGGCAUGACAGCUGAAUUCACUUCAAAUGUUUCGCUUUGUUCAUUGGGGACAGUCGUUUGAAAGAUCUCAAUCUAUAUAGAAUACAUUUGAUCGCAGUCUGUUGUAAAUGCCUAAUUCGGACGUCAUUCGGGAGGCCCGAGGAAGGAGCCCGUUGGCACUGAGAAAUUCCGGGCAGGCGAGGCAAAGUAAUCCUGUAAGCAGUGCCGUUUUACGAAACAAACAUCGAGAGAAGAGGCGGUCAUCGUCUUCACGGCGGAAGAGGCACAAACAUGGGAAAGAAAAGCCCAUUCACACCCAACACGAGCCCAAUAGCGAACGUAGAUGUUAUUUUGAAAGAGACGGGGAGCUAAGGACUAUGGUGGAGUACGACGAUGUAAGCUCUCAGUCAGAGCGUUUCUCGGGGAGCCCCUCGCCCAAACACGGUGCUAACCGAUCAGAGGACCUACUCAGUGAUGGAGAUUUUGUAGACAGUAGCGGCCCUACUUCACCAGAUAGGAGGUCACGAAGACAGCACAACCCAUUGUUUUUGAAGAGAGAUGGACAAAGUCGUCCUCCAUCUGAGAGAAACAGACAGGAAAGUGAACACAGAAGAAAGGAUCCACCAAACAAUGAAAGAGACUCCAAAGUUGAUAUUGGGGGCAGACCUGAGAAGAGAAACAACAGAGACGGCACAAAAAUCAGCAACAGUAAUGUUAAGAAGUCGUUGUCGAGUUUUCCCCAAAGGCCUUUGGGUAAAAGUGAGUCCAAACGACACAAAAGUAAAAGCAGGUCUGAAAAGGACCCCCCUUCAUACAGGGAUACACCACAAGCAUAUAGAGAAGAAUGCGAAGAACUGCGGGCCUAUGGAAGAAGUCCAGGACAGAAGUCCAGGACAGAAAGUACAUAUGGGACGUCCUGCUCAUUCGGCUACCAGUCCCCAGGCUCUAACUACCAGUCAUCAAAGAGAAGAGAAGAGAAGAGACUUUCCCCCGGUUCAGCAUACUGUGGUCGAGAUGCGGAUUCAUAUGAUGCACACAACAUUACAAAGUCUCCAGGUGUGUACGGAUAUAACAAAAGAAAGCGAUCCCCUGCAAGCCCAAGCUGUUGGCGGAGAUCCCCAAGCUAUGGCCGACAUAGCCCAUAUGAACAAGGAGAGAUUGCCUCUAGUCCCUAUAGUGUUUCGAGACGAUCAGGAAGUCCCUACCGAAGGUCUUCAAGUCCAAGCCCAGGCAAAAGUCGUCGACCUGCCGAGUCUCGCAGCCGAAGCCCAUACACCUCGUCGUGUCAGUCCCGUUCCCGAAGUCGCCACCGCCACUCCCGCUCCCACAGCAGGCCCUCCAGCUUGUCUCCGAGCACAAUGACAUUCAAGAGUAGUCUGGCAGCUGAGCUCAGCAAGCAGAAGAAAGUUAAAGCUGCAGAGGUUGCUGCCCGAGCGAAGAGCUCCUCCUCAUCAUCAUCAUCAGCCAUCAAGGGCUCCACAUCCGCAGCCUCUGUGCCUCAAAACAACCACACUUCCAACCAUGCUACUUCGAAAAUGUCUCGACCACCUUCACCCCCGCCACCUCACCGGGAGAGGAGUUCCAGGAACCCUAUGUCUAGCAAACCUCCCCCUAUGUCACCUCUCGCCAAGACCCCGAAGAGGACAUCAGAGGUCCCUCUUGCCAGCAGCAGAAAUGCCAAAAGCGAGGAAAAUCUGCUCAUACAACGGGAGAAAAAUAAAGCCAUGGUUGGCCAGAGUAAAGAAAAAGAGCAGGUCACCGGAGCACCAGUAUGCACAGUGUCUGCUGUCCCUCUGCCAUCCUUCCUGUUGGAACAUGUGGAUGGGGUCAACAGCUUUAAGGAGUGCUUGCCGGCACACACAGGAAAACGGAAGCCAGAGAGGAGAGCGAGACAACUCCUUUCAGACCUCCCACUUCCUCCAGUACUCCCUGUGGACACUUCUACAGCCAGUCCAUCAGAUGACAAAAAGAUCCCCACUCUGGCCAGGAGGCCCAAAAUAUGUGGUCCCCGGUUUGGAGAGAGUAAUGAGGCGGAAAUUGAUUGGGGGAAACGAUGUGUCGACAAGUUUGAGAUCAUUGGGAUCACUGGAGAGGGUACUUAUGGACAAGUGUAUAAGGCAAAGGACAAGGACACAGCUGAAAUGGUGGCUCUGAAGAAAGUUCGUUUAGACAACGAGAAGGAAGGUUUCCCCAUCACCGCCAUAAGGGAAAUAAAGAUCCUCCGUCAACUGAACCACAAGAGUAUAAUCAACAUGAAGGAGAUCGUCACCGAUAAAGAGGACGCUGUUGACUUUAAAAAUGAUAAAGGGGCAUUCUAUUUAGUGUUUGAGUACAUGGACCAUGACCUUAUGGGGCUUCUGGAGUCCGGCUUGGUGCACUUCAAUGAGAAUCACAUCAAAUCCUUCAUGAGGCAACUUCUUGAAGGGCUUGACUACUGCCAUAAGAAGAAUUUUCUGCACCGGGACAUAAAGUGCUCAAAUAUCCUUCUCAAUAACAAGGGCCAGAUUAAACUGGCUGAUUUUGGUCUGGCCAGACUAUACAACUCUGAAGAAAGCCGACCAUAUACCAACAAGGUGAUAACGCUUUGGUACAGACCUCCAGAGCUGCUGCUGGGGGAGGAACGAUACACACCUGCCAUUGAUGUGUGGAGUUGUGGGUGCAUACUUGGGGAGUUGUUCAUCAAGAAGCCCAUCUUUCAGGCCAACCAGGAGCUCGCUCAGUUGGAACUCAUUAGUCGAAUAUGUGGCAGCCCUUGCCCAGCUGUGUGGCCCGAUGUCAUCAAGCUACCAUACUUCAACACGAUGAAACCAAAGAAACAGUACCGUCGACGGCUGAGAGAGGAAUUUUCUUUCAUCCCUUCCGCAGCCCUGGACCUGUUUGAUCACAUGUUGGCCCUCGACCCCAGCAAGCGCUGCACAGCGGAACAGGCCCUAAGAAGUGAAUUUCUCAAAGACGUAAACCCAGCCAAGAUGCCCCCUCCUGAUCUACCUUUGUGGCAGGAUUGCCAUGAACUGUGGAGCAAGAAGCGGCGCAGGCAGAAGCAGAUACCGGAGGAGCUCUUGGUCCCCAAAGCACCACGCAAAGAACUGGGCUUGGAUGAUAGCCGCAGUAACACCCCACAGGGCUUCCCUGUACCUGGGGUACACAAAGGUCUGGCCACCGCUGCCCUUCCAGACCCAAAAGCUGGAAGCCCACAGCUGACGCAAGAGCAGUUGGCUGUACUGUUCAAUUUGCUUCAAUCCAAGAAUAACCCAGCCACGGCAUCAGCCUCCGCUCAACCUCCCCAUGCCAUGGACUCCAAGAUGAACCUGGAGACUCUGCAGCAGUUGAGCAGAGCUCCUCAUCCAGGACCUGUGGAGCAGGAUAACCCUUCUGAGACCUUCGCUCCGCCUCUACCCGCCUCUCAGACUCCCAAAGUCUUAAACGCCUCCCAGCCUCUCUCUUCCCAACUGCCAGGUGUGAGUGUGCCUCGUACCCCACCACUGCCUAGACCUCCGUCACCCCUCCCUGCUGAGCACAAAAUGGAGGGGGGAGAGGCCACAGAAGCAGCUGCCACCCAGACAGCUGUCACUAUGUUCCUUGCUCAACUGCUGAAGGUGCAGCAGGCUCAGCUCCAGGCGGAUGGAGAAGGCCUCAACACCAAUCCCGGAGGGGAGGGGACUGACCUGCCAAAAGGAGUUCCAUUUGGGUCAGCCGUGACGCCUUCUCGGUUGCCCCCAUCCAAAGUCAGCCAGCCUACCAAACCCAGCCCUGUGUCUCCAGUAUCUGAUGGAAGUGAAGUGCCGUCUUCUUCCAGACCAUUGGAGUCUCUAUCCAUCUUACCCCCCGACCAGAGACCUCCCGAGCCACCCGAGCCGCCCCCUCAUUGUGAAGAUCUGGACUAUCGACAAACCCACUUCCCCUCUUCCGGUUUUGGGGAUGGCUACCGCAGUCAUAUGAUGAGUGGGGAAAUGGCUUCUCAUACCCUAAGGGAGGUGUCAUGUAGUGUCCACAAACAAGAGGCCGCUGCUGCUGCUGCAGGUACAACAGGGCCCCAGGAUUGCUUAUCUGCUGGAGGUACAGGAGUUGCCACAGCUGGGUCAGGCGGGGGGGUGGUGGUGGUAAUAACCCCAACAGCAUGGUGUUCAGUGGUGAUAAGGACCACCGGUUUGAAUACAGCAACAGCCCUAUGCCUGUUGAGGGCUCCUCCAGCCGCCACCUCUACAACCACACCAUUGCAGGAAAGGGUGUUGCUGCUCCCCUCUACCCUCCUCCUCUGGCAGCCUCAACAUCACACCCUGGCCAAGCGUGGGGAUCCCCCUCUCAGUCUGUCGCCCCGCAUCUCCCCCAUGGAUUCACCCCUCACAUGAGCGCCGCAUCACUGAGAGGACGGGGGGGUCCCCCUUUCUGACCUGCAGUCUAAGCCCAGUUAAAUUCAGUUACAUUCACUGUUCACUUGUGACCAUGACCCGCGAGAGGAAAUGAAAUGAAAUGAAAUGAAUAUGCAAAGAUGCAGACUAGCCUCCAUAUGUUUACUGGACUCUUAAUAAUACUAAGGAGGUGUUUUUAAGACAUUAUGCGCCUAUGUAAUAGGAAAACUCCCAGGGCAUCUUUGAGGGUGAGCUUUUCCUACUCAUACAUUAUUUUUGGUUUUGGUUUUGUAAUCGACAAUUGUGUUUUGAAAGUCUUUCACCUGCACUUCCAUAGGGAAAACUGUAUUAAAAAAAGUUUUGAACUACUGAAUGAAGUUGGAAGAAUCAUUAUAGGUAUGGGUAGAUCAUUUUAAACACAAACACUUCUGAUUCUUCACCGGAGGAUUUCAAUUGGACUGUGUAGAGACCAGUAGCACUUGGCUGACUGAAUGUAUGGAAAGCUACUGAAUGACCUUGGAAAUCAGGUGUUUCUUUGAAACCACACCCACCAGCCCUCGUCUAGAUCUGUUCUACAAUUGAAAGACAUUCAACCAAGAUCGAAAAGAGAUGAGCAAACAAUGUCUGUUUUUAUACUUAUUUCCCUUGCCAGAAUUUAUUAAAGAAAUGCCAGCAAUAA